AUGCAUGCCGGUGUCCAUGUGCCCAAACUCAAUUGCAGACUACAGGCUUUCCCUAGCCCUCAGAGAUUCUUUAUUACGAAAAAACACAAACAGCAAAAAAGCACUGAAGUUGUUACGAUGAUGGGAAAGCGAACAGACGGAAACAAGCCGAAAGACCGGCGAGGGCAUCAAGAGCUCGUGACAGGGACCUUCCAGGCGCCGUGCACUAAAUCCGGGCAGUGGCCUGUCAUCAGCCGCCCCCUAUUGGCAAUCUCGAUCGAACCCUCCCUCCGCGUCCGACGCGCCAUUACAGCAAACGACCCCCUUCUCGUCAAGCGAAUCCUCAAAUCCCACCCCCGCCUCCUCCACAACCCAGACCCCUCCCCCGAAGCCCUCUCCAACUCGAACCUCCACCUCGCCGCCUCCCUAGGCCACCUCCCCAUCGCCAAAGUCCUCGUCGACCACGGCCACGAACACCCGGAUCCAGCCCUCAACGAGCACCACCAAACAGCCCUCAUGCUCGCCGCCGCCGCAGGCCACACCGACGUCGUCCACUUCCUCUGCGAACGAACCCCGCACGUCAUCCUCCGGCGCGACAUACGCUGGCGCGACGCCAUCAUGGAAGCGAGCCGCGGCGGGCACGAUACCGUGCUGCAGAUCCUGCUGACGUACGUCCCCGAGGGCGCGCGCGCCGCCGUGCAGAGGGCGGAUCUGGACGGUAAUACGGCGCUGCAUUUCGCGAGCAGUAAUGGGAACUUGCUUGUGCUGAGGACGCUGCUUGCCGCUGGCGCCGAUGCUGAGAGGAGGAACGUGUGGAGCUGGACGGCCAUGUCGUACAGCGCUACCGUACAGGCUGAGGUGUACCUCAAGGGGCUUGUUACUGAGGUGGAGCGGCGCAAGAUGGUGAGGCAGGAGGUUGAGCAGCUCAAGAACUCUGUCAAGGGGGCGGCUAGCAUCAAGGGCGGCGCGGUGCGGGUUGUUGAGGAGGAUGUCGAGGUUGAGGACUGA